AUGGCUGAUGCUGCUCUUAGUGCUACCAUUCAGGUUGCAUUGCAGACGGUUGUUUCCCUUGCCGGUGACCAUGUUAAUCUGGUUCGUGAAUUCCCAGAGGAGCUGGAGAGAUUCAACCAAUCUGCUGCAAUGAUCCGAGGCUUCUUGGCCGGUGCCGAAAAGGAUAUGCGUAGACCAGGGGUGCAGAAUUGGCUCGAGCAGCUGGAAGAUGAGGUUUUCAAAGCUGACAAUGUGCUGGACAAGCUCAACUAUGAAAUUCUUCGUCGGAAGGUGAAGUAUCAAAAUCAACUCAUGAAAAAGAAGGUACUCUUCUGCUUUUCAUUCUUUAAUAAAAUUGGUUUUCGUUGGAGGUUUGGUUCAAUGAUCAGGAAGAUCAACACGAACCUUGAAAGGAUCCAUGGGCAUGCCAGAGGUUUGGGACUGGAAUGCAAGGGCCAAUCUGAAGAAGCAUCUGGAGCCACAGCAAGCCGACAGACCGACUCUAAGAUUGUUCGAAGUGAUGUCCUAGGAAGAGACGAGGAUGAAUCAGAAAUAGUUAAGAAGUUGUUGACCGAAUCUGAAAGUGAUAGUAUUUCAGUUAUUUCCAUAACUGGCCCGCCAGGAUUAGGAAAAACAACUCUAGCUAAAGCCGUUUUCAACACUCCACAGUUUGAUAAUCAUUUUGACAAAAAAAUUUGGGUUUGUGUGGCUAAAGAAGUUGAAAUCAUGGAGCUCUUCAAAAUGAUUCUAGAAUCGUCAACAAGAAAAAAGGCUGAAGUGGAUAGUAGGGAGGUAAUAGUUGAAGGAAUUGAAACUGAACUUAAGGAAAAAAGAUAUUUGCUUGUUCUUGACGAUUUGUGGAAUUAUCAAGAAGGAUUGCUGAAUGAUUUUUUCACCACUUUGGAGGCACUCAAACCCAAGAAAGGGAGCUGGUGUCUUGUUACUUCUCGUCUCCAAGAAGUGGCAAUUGUUCUGUCUAGACAUCGGUGGAUCAAUUUUACUCGUCAUGACCUAAGAAAGCUAUACGAUGAAGAUUGCUGGUCUAUCGUGAAAAAUUGGGCAACUGUAGGGGAAGAAGUGCCAAAAGAAUUGGAAGCCUUAAGGAAGCAAGUUUUAAGAAGAUGUGACGGUCUACCUCUGGCAGCAACGUUAAUCGGAGGUUUGUUAUCUAAAAAGAGAAAAGAGGAUUGGCUAUCUAUUUUGGAGGAGAGCCUCUUGAAUGGAGAUCAGGGUGGGAUUGAGCAAAUACUUAAGGUGAGUUUUGAUCAUCUGUCACCUGCACCGGUUAAGAAAUGUUUUGCAUAUUGCUCAAUUUUUGAUCAAGAUACUAGAAUGGAACAAGAUCUAUUAGUUGAGCUUUGGAUGGCUGAAGGCUUUCUUCAACCGGAUUCCCAAAAUGAAAGAAUGAUGGAGAAAAUAGGAUAUGAGUAUCUGAGAACUUUGCUGCAAACUUCCUUAUUGGAAGAAGUAAAAGGGAAGUGGGGAACAUGGUAUAAAAUGCAUGAUCUUGUGCAUGAUUUUGCAAAAUCAAUUUUGAAUCGUAACAGCAGCAAUCAGGACCGUUACCUUGCGGUAUACUCACCCGAAAGAAUCAAUGAAAAAGUAUCAGCUUCGCUUCGCACAUUAUUUUUGAAGGGUGGCAUGGCUGAUGAUAUGUUAUCAAAGUUCAAAUACUUGCAUGUCCUAAAAUUGUUUGGAGCAUAUGUCAAAGAGUUGCCGACCUCCAUUGGCAAACUAAUACACUUACACUUACUUGACAUUUCAGGCUCUAGGAUUACAACUUUGCCAGAAUCUCUUUGCAAACUUUACCGUUUGCAAACACUGAGAAUUGGCAAGCUUGAAGAAGGUUUUCCAAACAAGAUGGGCAAUUUGAUUAGCAUGAGACAUCUUCACUAUUUUCAUUAUGAUAAAGGAUGCAAAAUCCAAAUGCCAUCCAGUAUUGGACGAUGGACUUGUCUUCAAACGUUAAAGUUCUUUAACAUAGGUCAUCAAGAGGAUGGUAGUGGUAUCCAAGAGCUUGGGACCUUGCAAGAUCUUAAAGGCUCCUUGGAAAUCAGAAAUCUUGAAUUAGUAAAUGGAAAAGAUGAUGCUAAACGGGCGAAUCUAUCUGAAAAGCAAAAUCUGUAUCGGUUGGUACUUGAGUGGGGCAACAGGGAUCAGGAAAGUGAUAAAUGCGAUGGAGAUGUGUUGGAAGGUCUCGAAGCUCACCCAAAUUUAAAAGAGUUGCAUAUCCGGAAUUUUAGGGGAGAUCGGAUUCCACAAUGGCUUGUGAAAUCAUCCAUUAGUGGAAUUGCACUUAAUAAAUUGCAGAGAACUUGCCCUCCCCACACUAGGACAACUGCCGUCCCUCCAACAUCUACAUCUGUGUGGAUUGGAAAACACAUUGUGCAUUGGGCUUUCAUUCUAUGGUAUUAG